AUGAAAGCAAGUUCGCCAAAUAUUUCCAAUGCACCUGAGAAAAGCGCUAAUGCUUUUACGAAGUCGAGUUCCGCAACUGGCGAGAAGCAGCACGUAGGAAGCUAUGAGCCUUCAGAAAGUUCACUGGCAGCUAUUGGGGAGCGUAUUGUUCGUCUCCGAAAACUAAUAUCAGACGAAGAUUAUGGAAAAGCGUUUUCUCUGUGUGUUGGAACCAUUAAUGAAUUUGUAUGUAUUGAUCGAGCAUCGUGGUACAAUGCUGUACUGGAUCUAGUGUCGAAUGUCCCGACAUCAUUUAGUUCGUGUUCUUGGUACCAAGAUAUUUAUACCCUGAAGGCGUUUACACUCGCCGAAAUUCUUCGUCUUAGAGCUCAUACAGCUUGUUUAUCCGAUUUUCUCUCAAUACUAGCUCAAGUUGAUGCAUUUAUCGUGAAAGCAACACAUCCAUCCCAAUCUCACAAUUCUGAUUUUAUAAAUGAAAUGAAACUUCGUUUAUUUUUCUAUCUCUCAGUGUACAUUCAAAGAGCUGUUAAACGGAAACGGAUCAAUGUGGAUGCAGAUGCAAUGGUUUCGGACUGUCUAUCUCUAGCAAUUUGUCUUAAUUGUGACAGAAUUGUUGCUGAAAACCCACUUUCAACAUCUGUGUGGGAACAUUUAUAUACCAGUGGUUUAUCGCUAAAACUCCAAUCCGCCAUUCUGGUUGAGAGAUCUAGUGCAAGCAAAUCAGACUGGGAGAAGUCUUUAAAGGACAUCCUUCAUCAAGACAAUCUUUCUCAAAUCAACAAACUUGAGUUUGAAUAUCUUUACGGACUAACUGAACCCGUCAGUCGGCAAAAGUUGUCGGCUCAAAGUGUUGACCAAAUUUACCACGAUUUGCUUAAAUAUCGGCCCGUGGAUUUGAGUACCAUUUUGUGGUAUAUUCUCUGUUCCCCAUGUAUGGAUAAAGACGUUAAAUCAGACUAUGAUUUGGCCCUUCCUUCCUCUCGAAUUAAUCUCAUUGUUGACACGGUGAAUUGCGUUCUUCCUGACGUAUCGUUUACCAGUCCUACCAAUACAGAUAUAUGUCAACGGGAUGCUUACGUAUUUUUACUUGCUCUCUCAGUUUCCUACUUAAUUCGCUUUGCGACAUCAUCUGAAUCUAACAGGAGUUCAGGAGAAACGGAACCACUAUCGUGGCCUAAUCAGCCCCUUUGUCUUUUGAGCUCUCGGUUCUUACCUAGUGGUUUACAACGCAAAUGUUGGAUUGAAAUCUGCUCUCGUUCAGCCAAAGCUAGCCGAUUUAUUGAACAGCUAAGAUUCGCAAAGUCAACACACGAAAUACCCUCCCGUUUGGCUCUUCGUGUAGCUAAAGCUAUCUCCAGCCUUGAUUUGCCAUCUAACGCAGCAGCUCAAAUAUGGGAGUUUGGUUUGAAUUCUUUAAUUCCAAACACUGAGUUCAACCGCUUCAGUUCGCCUGUUUUAAAAAUACGAGAAAAAAUUCAAGAUGAGGUUACUCUAUUUACAAAUGAACUGAACUCCGAUUGGUGGUACGGAACUCAUGUUGAGAAUUUGAUCAAUGCUGCUGCUAAGGAUCAAGUUUGGUUUGUUAUAGGCUGGAAUUGGCUUGCUUCCCAUUGGUUAAAAAAUGACCCUUUGCCUAAAAUGCAGACUCUCCUAAAUCAUGUUAACCGCCUUGGUGAUAUGAAGAUCGUUUUCAAUACUGAGACUCUAAUUUUAGCUGCAAAACUCACAAAAAAGGCACUGGAAGAGAACAGUACUUCUCCUCUUGUUAGGACACUAGUUUCUCUCACUCUGGAUACCCUUAAUACGGGUCUGAUAAAUGCCAAGAAAAACUCACUUCGUGAUGAAUCGACUAAGUCAGUGAAGGAAAUUACUGAAGCCAUUGAAUCUUUGCAAAGUGCUCCUUGUCUUCAAAACUCACUCGAACAAGAACCUGUAUCCAACUACGAAUCAAAUCAAAGCAUGCCUUCUGGAUACGGUGCAUACUCUCACGGUCCUCGUUCUAAUCCCAAUUUUGGAUUGAUUGGGGCAACGCCUACUACUGCAGGCCGUACUUCUGGUUUAUUCAGUGAAGAAGCCUCCUAUCGGUCACCCCGAAUUCCUAAUAGCUCUCUCGCCAACGCCUCAACUGCUGCUGUCAUUGGCUCACCGGCAACUUUGUGCUCUGAUCCUCAAACAAAACUAGUGACACAAAUGAUGGAGCAAUGGAUGCCUGCAUUUAUGGAGUUCUCAAAAGUGAUGUCAGAAACCUCAGUUGAACUGGCGAAGAGUCGCCUACAGAAUGAGGAGCUCUCACGUAUGCUUAAGGACACGCGGAGUCAAUUGGACAAUGUAAUUGCUGAACAGCAAAAGCAGCAGCAGCAGCGGCUUCCUAUCUCAAGUCCUGUAAGCAAGCCAGAACAGUCUGCGCCAUCACUUGAAGAUUGGAAAGCUCUGAAAGAGUCUCUAAAUGAAGUCACGGCCACUUUGAAGGACUUUAGACGGUGGUUGCCAAAUGCCUUUCCACCACUUCCUCCCCCACCACAACCUCUCUUCCUUCAUCCACCUCCACCAAUUCCCGCAACUCAGAGUGUUCCUCAGCCGGCUGAUAUGUUUAAUAUGCUGGAGAGUCAGAAAGCUCAAAUGGCUUUAGGUCAGCUGUUACAACAACAACAGAGACAAAUGCAGCAACACGUUACCCCGGCUAGUGUUCCGUCGGGUAUGUUACCACAACCUUCAUAUGUUCCCCCUGUGGAUCUGCGUGUACCUCCACCUUGUCUCUUUCCUGCUCCAGCACCAGCUCAGCAACCAUCGACUCUUCCAACUUCUAAUCUACAACAGUCACCUUUGAAUCCUGUCAAAACUUCUCCGAUUACGCCAGUGAAACCACCGGUUACCUCAACAUUCUCGUCUACUGUUUGUUCUUCUACGAAUACCACUCCCGUUGCUCUGACGAAGAGUUCAACAACUUCUCCAGCUGCUCAGGAACCAUCAGGCUCAAAGCUAGUUGUUCCAGGAGCAUCAACUUCAAGGCCUGAGCCGUUUUCUUUCCUGCCCCUGACUACUACUACUACUACUGCCUCGUCUUCUUCAAGCACUGCACUUCCUAUCUUUGGUUCAUCAACCACCACUACUACAAUUGCAGGCUUUUCAUCUCCCUUCAGCUUCGGUAGUCUAGCAAAGUCAAUGACUUCUGGUCAAUCUCCGACUGCCGCCGCCACCACCAUCUUUGGUGUUGGUAGCAGUAAACCAGCAACAACUACCGGAUUAUCUCUCUUCGGUACCUCUUUAACUAAACCCAUAGAGACCUCUGCUCAGCAGACUUCAAUACCCCAGGAGGAUGAAGACAAACCAGAGGCCUUUGAGCCCAAUGUUGACUUCAAACCCUGCUUUGAAAAGCUGCCUGAAUUGGUAGACCAGACGACUGGAGAAGAAAAUGAGAAGAUUCUCUUCUGUUAUCGUGCUCGACUCUUCAGAUGGGAUAAGCCCAAAGAUGGGGGAUCUCCAGGAGAAUGGAAGGCUCGAGGUGUUGGUGAACUUAAAAUCCUAUGCAAUGAGGAGACCAAUAAGUACCGUAUUGUUAUGAGGAGAGAUCAGGUUAUGAAGCUCUGUGCUAACCACUAUAUUCUCCCUGGGAUUAAUAUUAAACGCCAUCCCCAGAAAUCUGUCGCGUGUAUGUGGAAUGCUCGCGACUUUGCUAUUAUGGAUCCGGAUCAAUAUGACCCUAAUGGAACGGAUGAACUUUUUAUGGUAACUUUCAAGACACGAGAGAUUACAGAUGAGUUUGAGAAGAUUGUCAGAGAGAGUUUGGAGAAUGCUACUUCAACGGCGCUUGGUGGCGAUAAAAAGGAUGGUGAAGACCAAACAAAGGCGAACUUGGAAACUAAAUCGACCGAAGUGAAGACGCAAUUAACGCCCCAUACUGAAAAAUCUCCAUUAUCGGGUAUUGACGCAUUCAAGGCCAAGCCAGGUUCUUGGACAUGUUCAGGCUGUCUUCUGGUGCUUGAUGAGUCUAAGAUCAAGUGCCCAUGUUGUAAUUCCCUCAAACCUGGCGCUUCUCCACCCCCUUCGCAAAAUACACUCGAAUCCAAAAUUACCUUCGGUUUGCCUUCAGCUGCCACUUCCCAGUCAUCCUCUUUCAAUUUCUCAGCAGAACCUACUACAAGCAGUACACCAAACCCAACCUUUAAUUUUGGUACUACUUUCAAAACAGAUACUUCUGCUAAACCACCGACAUUUAGUUUCGGCAAUCUUGGGCCCAAAGCCACUACUACUGAGAAUUCUUCGUUUGUUUUCAACUCAGCCCUUUGUGAUCCUAGUACUUCUGAUAAGAAAACAGAAGGUGGAGAGCCCAGCAGAACUGCCGGGGUUUUCGGUGGUUUUAAUAUGGCCUCUUCGCUAGACAAGGGUGGUAAUGCAUUCACGUUUUCACUGAACUCCCUGGUAAAACCAAUUGACCAAGAGACUGCUGGCGAGAUGAACAAAUCUUCAGAACACGGGGGUGGAGAUGAUGAAGAAGUGGCUCCUAGUGAUCUCUCUCAGGUCACAUUCAAACCUCUUAUCGAUCAUCUUCCUGAUAAGGUUGAGAUAGUUACAGGGGAGGAAGGUGAAGAUGUCCUAUUCGAAGCUCGAGCUAAGCUUUUCCGAUUCGAUUCUGGUGAUGGAGGUGAAUCAGUGUGGAAAGAGAGGGGUAUAGGACAGUUGAAGAUCCUCAAAAAUCAGGCUUCAAACCGUGUGCGGUUGGUUAUGCGACGAGAACAGAUACACAAGGUGUGCUGUAAUCAUUUGAUCACCCCUGGGAUGACUAUCAAACCGAUGGAUGGUAGUAAAGCGAUCGUGACACCUUGGGUCUGGUGGGCUGUUGACUUUUCGGAAGAGGAAGCCGAAUCCGAGGGAAGGCGAGAGAUGCUGUCAGUGAGAUUCAAGACUGCAAAGGAAUCACAGGAUUUCCAUGAUACCUUUGUCAAGUGCGCGGAGAGAUCUGAUGAAGAACAGACUCAUGAGGAUGAAGGUGACGAUAGUGAAGUUGAAAUUGUUGAAAACCCGCUAUCUCAGGAGCAAAUCCAACGUGCAAGGGCUCUGAUGCUCCCAGAUGAUUUCUACGCCUACGAAUUGAGGAAACCAGGUCAUGGGAAAGGAGAAAGUGAAAAUAUGACUUCCUCAGAAGAAGCGGCUGAAGACGCCUUGUUGGAAACAGCAAUCGGUCGAGGUAUUUCUCGAAUGCUCUCUUCAGCCUCUUCUUUUGAUGUUGUUAAGAGCACAGAAUCCCUAGUGAUAACAACACCGCCUAUAUCACCACCUCUUCCGCAGACUGAGACGCCAAAACCCACUUCCAUUUUCCAGAAAUCUACUGCUGAUAAUGCUUCCACCACUUCCACCCCAUCUGUUGGUGGCCUAUUCGGUAGCUUUUUGGGCUCUUCUUCAACAGGUGGUAGUGUAUUCGGAGGUUUCGGUGCGCUUAGCAAAGACGCUAGCUCUACACCUGCUUGGCUGAAACCCAAGGCUUCUGAAGCUCCUUCGUGGGCCGGGGCCGAUACAGCUCUCUUCUCUAACGCUCUGAAGUCUUCUGUUGACAAGGAAAAUUUAACUCAGAAUGAUGAUGGAGGUGAUGAUAAUGAACCCGAUCCGCAAUUUGAGCCUCUCAUCCCACUCCCGAGCUUGGUUGAGGCUAGAACAGGUGAAGAGGGUGAAGUGUGUCUAUUCCUUCGUCGAUGCAAACUCUACCGCCUUGUGGAUAGUCAAUGGAAGGAGCGAGGUAUUGGUGAUAUGAAAAUCCUUGUGCGUCCAAAGAACAAUCCACCUGCUGAAUAUCUCGAUCCACGCACUGAAUUGCCCGCGGAUGCUAAACUGGAUGGUGGUAUCAAUUAUGCACGUAUAUUGAUGCGUAGGGAUCAGGUCCUCAAAAUUUGCGCUAACCAUACUAUCACCGCAGACAUGCCCGACUUUAAACCUCUUUCUGUCACGAAUUAUGGUCUUUUAUGGGCUACCAAGGACUUCUCUGAAGAGGCAGAAGGCGAGGUCAUGACAUUGAGUCUCAAGUUCAAGGUAAUUCCUGGCUGCUUAUUCCUUAAGCCUUUUGGGUUUAUGAUGUAG